CUCUCAAAGUUUCUUCCGGGCUGUACAAACCCGAGCGGGUGUCGUGCUGAGUCACUAUCGGGCAGAGAGGAGCCUCUUUCAGCAUCGGGACGGCCGGUUCUUUAUUCCCCUACGGAAAUAAAGCGGGGUGAAAUCCCACCCUUCUGCCUGGUGCUCUGUAGAAACGACCCUGCUUAGGGCAGGAUCCUGAGUAUUGAAAUCAUCCGGAGCUAAUUGACAUCGGCUGGGUUAGUGGCGGUGGGACUCCCUCCGGCUUCUCUCCGAUGUAAAUCCUUUUCUGUAGGAUUCCGUAAACUCGCUUCCCAUUCCUGAAGAGCCUCGCUUUCAGACAGAAGCGUGGCUGGUUCUUUUGCCGUAGAUCUGUUUGAAUAGCUCGGUUUCUUCCGCUGCGUUGUUUCCAUACUUUCCGCUGUCUCUGCUGAAGACUUAAAAAAAAAACACACAAAACUAUGGGGUCCAAACUGUCUGUGGAUGAUUCAGUGUGCGUGGUAAUAGUCGGAGGAGGCUUUGGUGGCAUCGAAGCAGCCCUACAGCUACAGUAUUGGCAGAUCCCUUUUGUCCUUGUGGAUAUGAGAGACGCUUUCCAUCACAAUGUGGCUGCCCUCCGUGCCUCUGUACAGAGUGGCUUUGCAAAGAAAACCUUCAUCUCCUUUUCUACGACCUUUAAAGACAGCUUCCGGCAGGGCAAAGUAAUUGGAAUUGAUUUGGAAAAACAUCAUGUCUUGUUGAAUGAUGGUGAAGAACUUUCUUUUUCUCAUCUGAUCCUUGCCACAGGAAGUGAUGGACCUUUCCCUGGGAAAUUUAACAGACUCAUUGACAUGAAGGCUGCUAUUCAGACCUAUGAGGACAUGGUGAAGGAGGUUCAAAAAGCUCCUCGCAUAGUAAUUGUGGGUGGUGGUUCUGCUGGUGUUGAAAUGGCUGCAGAAGUGAAAACCAAGUUUCCUGCCAAAGAGGUCACAUUAAUUCACUCAAAAAUUGCAUUGGCAGAUGUAGAACUCCUCCCCAGAGUCCGAGAGGAGGUGAAGGAGACUCUUAUACAGGAAGGGGUACAUCUUGUGUUGGGCGAGAGAGUUGCUAACCUGGAUAUGCUGACCUUAAACCAAUUCAAGGAGAACAUGGUUGUGAGGACUCACACAGGCACAGAGAUCGCGACUGACAUGGUGAUUCUUUGCACUGGAAUAAAAGUCAAUUCAGCAGCAUACAGCCGUACAUUUAGUAACAAGCUGGCAAAUAAUGGUGCUUUGAAAGUGAAUGAGCAUCUUCAGGUAGAAGGAUAUAGUAACAUUUAUGCCAUUGGUGACUGCGCUGAUGUGAGGGAGCCAAAGAUGGCAUACCAUGCUGCGCUCCAUGCAGAUGUUGCGGUGACCAACAUUAUCAACACCCUAACACACAAACCUUUGAAAGUUUACCAACCAGGAUCACUUACCUUUUUAAUCUCAAUGGGAACAAAUGAUGGAGUGGGUCAGAUCAAUGGAUUCUAUGUGGGACACUGCUUAGUGACUGCUGUCAAAAGCAAAAAUCUUUUUGUCUCAAAAAGCUGGAAGAAGAUGAAUCAGUGUAUGCCACCUUAGGCAGAAAAGAGGGGACCUGGCAAGAAAAGAUUCAGCAUCUCCUUGACAACAGUAUACAGUAUUUUUCAGAAGAACACCUUUCUGAUCUUUGACUUUCGUACCUUCUGUCCUGGAACAAGGCUC